AUGUCAAGGGCAACAGAAAGAACAGAAGUUCUUGAAGAAGUGAAGAAACAGUUAUGGCUAGCAGGACCUUUAAUAGCUGUGGGCCUCCUAAAUUAUUUCCUAAAUGUUAUAUCUGUCAUGUUUGUUGGACAUCUCAGUGAGUUGGAUCUCUCAGGUGCUUCCAUGGCCACUUCUUUUGCAUCAGUGACAGGUUUCACUUUAUUGACAGGAAUGGCAAGUGCCUUGGACACCUUAUGUGGCCAGUCAUAUGGAGCAAAGCAGUAUCAGAAUUUAGGCAUAUACAUGCAGAGGGCCAUGGUCGUUCUUACAGUUGUAAGCAUUCCAGUAGCAGUUAUUUGGGCAAAUACAAGAUUCAUUCUUGUUUUCCUUGGCCAAGAUCCUGAGAUAUCUGCAGCAGCUGGGGAAUAUGCUAAGUUAAUGGUUCCAAGCCUUUUUGGUUAUGGUCUUUUGCAGUGCCUAAAUAGAUUCUUACAAACCCAAAAUAUUGUAUUUCCAAUGAUGCUCAGCUCAGGAGUGACAACUUUACUACACAUUCUUUUUUGUUGGAUUAUGGUAUUCAAGUCUGGAUUAGGGUACCGAGGAGCUGCCAUAGCAAAUUCUAUAUCUUACUGGCUGAAUGUUACCAUACUCACACUCUAUGUCAAGUUUUCUCCUUCAUGUAAGAAAACUUGGAAUGGAUUUUCCAAAGAGGCACUGCACAACAUCCCCACAUUCCUGAGGCUUGCCAUUCCUUCAGCUGCUAUGAUUUGCUUGGAAGUGUGGUCUUUUGAAAUGAUGGUUCUCCUUUCUGGUCUUCUUUCAAAUCCAAAACUGGAAACAUCAGUGCUUUCUAUCUGCUUGAAUACAACAACAUCUGUUGUGAUGAUUCCCUUUGGACUAGCUGCUGCUAUAAGCAUCCGGGUCUCGAAUGAACUUGGAGCUGGUCAUACACGUGCUGCACGUUUAGCAGUGCGUGUUGUCUCAGUCCUAGCCAUUUUCGAGGGUAUCAUAGUUGCGACUGUGUUGAUACUAAUACGUAAUAUCUGGGGCUAUGCAUAUAGUAAUGAAGUAGAAGUGGUAAAAUAUGUAGCAACUAUGAUGCCAAUUCUUGCAACUUCCCACUUUUUGGAUGCACUCCAGAGCGUUCUUUCAGGAACAGCUAGAGGAUGUGGUUUGCAGAAAAUUGGCGCAUUUGUGAAUCUGGGGUCAUACUAUUUAGUUGGAAUUCCAUCAUCUAUUGUGUUAGCUUUUGUAUUGCAUCUUGGUGGCAAGGGGUUGUGGCUUGGGAUCAUAUGUGCACUCAUUGUUCAACUACUUUCUCUAGUGAUCAUUACUAUACGUACUGAUUGGGAGAAACAGGCAAAGAAGGCCACUGAUAGAAUCUAUGACUCAAUAACACCAGAGCUCUUAACUUCAUGAAGUUUCAAUAUCUCUGCUGCAGAUACACACAUUCUGCAUAAAUUGUAUUCUAUUUGGAUGAAGUGCAGUGCUACUAGCACCCUUUCACUCUAUAUGGGUCACACUCCAAAUUUGUUGGGACCUAUAUGAAUUUUAACCAAUAAUAGAGGAAGUGUUUAAAAUAGAGUGUAACUAUGAGUGUUGGUAGCAUUUUUCGGGGCAAAGCAAUGAGUUCUUACACUUUAGAUAGAGAAGUGUAAUCCAAUUACACAUGAUUGAAAGGAUAAUAUGAUCUUGAUAAUAU